ACAACAAAGCCGGUUUGCCUAAAGAGAAAUGAACAGAAUCAAUAGAAAUUUGUAAAGAACAUAUGGCGAAUGUUUAAAGGACAAAGGCUUCAUCUGAAACAACUAUAAGAAACAAGCAGAUUUAUAGAACCAGCGGUAGUGAAGGAUUCCUCAAUUAGCAGUCAACAAGAAAAAAUUGACGAUGCCAAGAACUAGGGAGAAGUUUACGAAGGAGCAAGGGUUGCAAAGUAUUUUCAAAAGAUUUAAGUACAAUUUAGUACACUCUACGAAUCAGGAGUUACUAGACAGUCAACUCAGGACUGCGCUGCGCUCCGGCGCACCACCAAAACAUGUGCACAGUCUGCUGUUACGAGGUGCGGACGUCAAUGGAGUCGACUCUUUAGAUUCCAGUCCUCUUCUCCUGGCAUUAACAACUUCAAGAGCAGAAAACAUGUUGGACAUUGCUGAGCUUCUGUGCGAGUUUGGAGCCAAUGUGAAUUACAGUAGCGGCGUUUUCUUUGGUGAAACUCCUCUUCAUUUUGCAGCAAUGCACAACGAUUAUGCUCUCAUAGAACUACUGGUUCGCCAUAACGCGAAUACUCACGCGCAAAAUUUCGCGGGGUACACGCCUUUACACUUUGCUGCGCAGAACGGUAACGAAGCUAGUGCAACCGCGCUAUUUCUCAGUGGGGCGGAUUUGAAUACUAGAGAAAUGUACUGUGGGUACACUCCUUUGCAUUUGGCCGUGAUUGGCCAAUUUGAACACACUGUCAAGGCGAUGGUGUUCCUUGGAGCGAAAAUUAACCAAUCGGAUUAUUGUGGCCUGACAGCGAUGGACAGGUGCAAAUCAAAAGAGAUCCGGAAAUUCUUACUGGCUUCCAAAUGUCCGAGAAUGUCAAGUCUUGAAUCAGACUGUCUUUCUGUCAUAAGGGAAAGAAUAAGGAAAACCUCAAGAAUACGUGGUUUUGACAGUCUACCACUUCCAUUUACUCUGAAAAGAAAACUCAAACUGGAGAUUACGCGGAAAGAACUGUAAAAUUGUCCCUUCCUUCUUCAGUUUACCCUAUGCAAUUAUUUCCAUCUCCGAAGGCUACAUUUUUUUUAAUCUAUAGAUAUUCCUAGUUUUUACUCCACGAAAGCAUAUCAAUAUGACUUUUUUAAUUUUUACUUAUAUCAUGUUAUUUUGAUAUUUAUCGGAUACUUUAUUAGUCUUUUUCCAUUGUGGUAUCGAUUCAAUAAUAUUAUAUUUUAAUUGCAGUUGUAUUUAAAAGGUAUCAUUCAAUGUAUGACAAUACAAUAGAUGUUUAAAGAAAAUUUUGCCUUUACUAGGUUUCGUUUAAAUCCUAUUAGUUGAAAAAGAAGGAAAAUUUUCUCGAACCAGCCACACAGUGAAGAAAAACCAAAGCGCUCUCCUGGAUUACCUUCAAUACUCAAUUGAAAUUGCUCUUGCCUGUACCACGCUUUCACUUGAUAAACAAGACGCAAAAGUAUCGCAGAGAUUGUUCCAAGAAAUUCGCACCAUUGUCCCAACCAAUAAGAUUCGAAUCUUACAUAAAGUAAAUUGCGACUUGGUCAAUCGCGUUUUCUUGCGCCCAGGUAGUAAGCUUGUUUUAACUUUGAGUUUUAACGGCUCCUUGUCUUAUCAUGUUUUUAUUUGUUCUGACUAGCUGCUAUGAUUACUUUGGUUUUGCUUUUACGACAGUCAAUCAAUAUAGGCUCGAACGGUAGUGCAUCUGUUUUAGCGAAGUACCUACAGGCACAAACUAGUUGUUUUAGUACAUGAAAUCUCGC